AUGGCAUUAUUGUUGUGUAUAUCAUUAGGCAUAUGUUUGGGUCUAAGUGCCGGUGCCACUGUCGAUGUAAAGACCACAUCGGGUACAAUGAGGGGGCAGACCCUCGACGUGUUGGGCAAAAAGGUCGACACAUUUAUCGGCAUUCCGUACGCCGAGCCACCAGUCGGUGCGCUCCGGUUCGCGCGGACUAAGCCGUUAGCCAAACCGCUUCCGGAUGUAUUUGACGCCACCCAUAGACACGGCCAGCUAUCGUGUUUCGGUGGGGACGGGCCCGCUGGUGAGGACUGUCUCAAUCUGAACAUAUGGGCGCCCCAUAACUCCACUGGUUUAGUACCGGUUAUGUUUUGGAUAUACGGUGGGGGUCUAAGAGGAGGCUCCAUAUACAAUGGUUUGUACGACGGAAAGGCCUUUCCCACCGAUGGGGUAGUGUUUGUUGCUGUAAACUACCGGUUGGGACCGUUAGGCUUUCUGUAUGGCGGGCCCGGUAGUGAUGCACCC